CUCUCUCACCGUGAAUCUUCAUCCUCCACAAGUCGUCAAUCCUUCCUAGGGCCUCGGUCCCGACCCAAUCUUUACAUUGGCACCUCUGACAUACCCAUCUAUAGCCAUUGGCCUAUUAAGUGACGACCGAAUUUUGGAACAGACAUUGUGUCACAACAAUCACUCCAAGCUUCUCAUGGGCUUCACAACUGGCUUUCUCGGCGGCUUCACCCUGACCUCGGCAGUGCUCUACCUCACCAUCUCCCUACACACACGGAACCGCGUCACACAAGCCGCUCUUCUCCAGCAGCAAUCGAAUGUCUUAACAAAUAUCGUCGAUCCAAAGCCGGCGCCGCCAGAACCGGUAGCCAGGGAAGUGCCGGUUGGAUUGGCCGAGAUGGCGAAAGACAGGUGGAAUCGAGAGAUGGAAGGUGCAGUGAGGAAGAUAUACAAUACCGAUUGGAGAAGAGUGAGAGAGGAUGCAGAAGAUAAGGUUGGAGGUAUCAUUGAGAAGCUGAGGGAAGGCAAGUCUUAGUCGGACGACAGGAUACUGGACUUGUAGUGUAGGGGAAAUGAGGACGACGGAUCCUUAGAUGCGAAAGAUACCCUUUCAUGGAAACUUGAACAUGAUGAAUUAUAGAGAAUGUCCUCUGCAUGGCUAAGUUAUUGUAUCAUGGCCACAACGGCUCUCAGCCCCCAAUAUUUUCAUUUGUUGUAAAAUAUCUCUUGCCUUGAGAUCUUUUGUACACUCUAUGAGAACUCAUCCCAGACCUUUAUGUUUCACUGGUGUCAUGC